AAUCUUGUCGGGCGCGUCCGCGGGUGGCUAUGGCUACGUAGCAGCAGGGCCGUUUGUUGGCCCGCGCUCUCGUCCGCUGCUGCUGCUGCUGCUCCUGCUCGUCGUGCAUAUGAGAGAUCGAGCUCGGAAUAUUCGAGCAGAUUCGGGCGACGCGAAGCGCAACGCAGAAGAGGCGGGACUUGUCACUCCGCUCAUCGGGGCCGACGAGCACGAGCAGCAGCAGCAGCAGCAGCAGCUCAGCUGGGCGGGGGAGCGCGAGAGGACGAGGUCGAGGAGGAGGGCGAGGGCGAGUUCGAGCGAGAGGAGGCGUGGAGGGGCGAAUUCUCGGCAAUCUGGUCAAGAUUUGUGCUGCUCGGCGAGUGGAAUUUUGGGCGAGAUUUUGAUCAGCGGGAGGCGGAGAGAUUUGCUGUGUAGGAGGAGGAGGAGGAGACCCGCCGGUGAGCGAUGGCGACUGCUCUGCUGAAAGUGAGUGGGCUCGUGAAGGAGGCGGGGUCGAUUUGGAGAGAGCGGAGAGUGGUUUCUUCCGCGGAGGAGCAUGGGCGAGCUUUGAGGUCCGUGUGGCCGGCCGUUCCUGCGGCUUUGCAAUUCGGCAGCGGCUGCAGCAGCAGCAGCAGCGCUGCUCUGGUGGCUGCCAAGCACCACGGAGGAGGAGGAGCAGUGGGCGCCUCUGCCAGCCUGGCGGCAGUGGCCUCGGUGGUUCAAGACGAGAGCGAGAAGGAGAAGGAGGCCCCGGCCGUGCCUCUUCCGGUCGUGCACAUCGACCAGGAAUCGCAGGCCGAUUCCACCGUCGUGGAGAUCAGUUUCGGGGAUCGGCUCGGGGCGCUUCUGGACACCAUCAAGGCGCUCAAGAAUCUCGGGUUGAACGUCGUGCGAGCCAAGGUUUCGACCGAAGGAGAUCUUGCGAAGAACAAAUUUUACAUCACUCGCCUCGACAAUGGUUGCAAGGUCGAGAACCCGGAGGUGUUGGAAGCCAUUCGGCUCACCAUACUGAACAAUUUGCUCAAGUACCACCCGGAAUCGAGCGAGCAGUUGGCGCUGGGUGCAUUCUUCGGCAGCACGCCCCCCAAAGCCACGCUCGAUGUCGAUGUGGCCACUCACAUUUAUUGCAAAAAGGUGAAUGACAAGCAGAGCAUGCUGACCGUCGAGACGGCUGACCGUCCCGGUCUGUUGCUCGAAAUCAUUAAGAUCAUGGCUGACAUCAGUGUCGAAGUGGAAUCUGCCGAGAUCGACACCGAGGGAUUGGUCGCCAAGGACAAAUUUCUCGUCUCCUACGGUGGCGCCGCGUUGAGCAAAUCCUUGGAACAAGUGCUCGUCAACUGCUUGAGGUAUUUCAUCCGGAGACCGAUCACCGAAGACGACAGCUACUGAGCAGCGACGAGCGGGAGAAAAAUGGUCGCAAUCUGUGCUCUGCAAGAUAAGAGCAGGUUGUGCCUGCUCGAAGGCUUUGCGCCCUACAUCAUCUCUUUGGACUGCCUGAUUCUGGAGGGCCAUGCUAGAAGUGAGACAUCCAAUGUGCUUUCUUCGGCUCGGUUUUGAACCCGAGACUCCGUCACCCCGCAAGCGUCUUAGAUUUCCAAGAAGCUUGUAGACAUCAAUGUCAGUUUAGUCAUAAUCGACUACUUUCAUGGAUGAAAUUCUUGGAGUAGACCGUAGUCUGUAAAUUUUGUGUAGAAUGUGGGCGUCCUAGAUACGUGCCCCAUUGCGACAUCAUAGGCACCGUGAGUUGCCGUGUGGUGUAUGUAAAUCGAUAUUGCAUCUACCUCUUAGACUGUUAAAUAAGAAACAAGUUCGUGGGCUUUGGGGAGAGCUUCCACUUCGCCGA